UAACUAGUAUGAAGCAGGUUAAAUUGAGACAUUUGUCAAUAAAGAGCAGAUAAGAUUAAGAAGUCCCGCUGCAUACUUUGUUAUGCAAAACAACCUGCAGACCUGGAUGCGCUGAGAGCUGCGGGAUUACGCGCUCACGCCCCUCCGAGAGCAGCACGGCGCGGCAAACACCCCCGGUUCCGAGCUCCAAACUCCUGCAGGCGCGCGCCGGGAAGGUGGCCUUUCAUCCUGGAGGAUUUUCCCGCGGAUCAUCAUGUUCGACUUCAUGGACUUUCCCGUCUUCGGUCCCGGAGAGAUCGUAGACUUCUACUCCGCGUCCAGCCCCGCGUGCACCCUGCAGGAGCGGGACCGGGACCAGGAUCUGGCGGCGUUCUUCCCGGAGCUGAUCGAUUCGGACUGGCAGGAGCACCGCUGCUCUCAGUCGGUGGAGAGCCAGAGCUCCAACUGCAGCUCCGAUGACCUCUUCGCCAGUCCCGCCUCCCCUCCUCCUCCUCCACGCACUUACAAGCCCUGCUUCGUGUGCCAGGACAAGUCCUCCGGCUACCACUAUGGAGUCAGUGCCUGCGAAGGCUGCAAGGGCUUCUUCCGCCGCAGCGUGCAGAAGAACAUGGUGUACACGUGUCACCGCGACAGAAACUGCAUCAUUAAUAAGAUCACCAGGAACCGCUGUCAGUACUGCCGCCUGCAGAGGUGCUUCGCUGUGGGAAUGUCCAAAGAGUCGGUGAGAAAUGACCGGAGCAAAAGGAAGGCGAAGAAGGAGGCGGUCAAGAUGACCAUCAUGGAGACAUACGAGCUGACGGCAGAGCUCGGCCUCGUCGUGGAGAAGAUCUGCAGAGCUCACAGAGAGACGUUUCCCUCCCUUUGCCAGCUGGGAAAAUACACCACAAACUCCAGUUCAGACCACCGGAUCCAGCUGGACCUCGGCCUGUGGGACAAAUUCAGCGAGCUUGCCACUAAGUGCAUUGUAAAGGUGGUGGAGUUUGCCAAGCGGGUGCCGGGCUUCACCGGCCUGACCAUCGCUGACCAGAUCACUCUGCUCAAAGCUGCCUGCCUCGACAUCCUGAUUUUACGAAUUUGCACUCGCUACACUCCGGAUCAGGACACCAUGACCUUCUCCGAUGGGCUGACUCUGACCCGCACUCAGAUCCACAACGCCGGAUUCGGGUCUCUGACCGAUCACGUCUUCACGUUUGCGGGACAGCUGCUGCCGCUGGAGAUGGAUGAGACGGAAAGUGGGCUUCUCAGUGCCAUCUGUCUGGUUUCUGGAGACCGCCAGGACUUAAAGGAGCCGUCUAAGGUGGAUGUUCUGCAGGAGCCCCUGCUGGAGGCUCUGAAGAUCUACUCCCGUAAGCGGCGUCCCAGCAUGCCCCUGAUGUUCCCCAAGGCCCUGAUGAAGAUCACUGACCUACGCAGCAUCAGCGCUAAAGGAGCUGAAAGAGUGGUGUCACUAAAGAUGGAGAUCCCGGGCUCCAUGCCGCCGCUGAUCGAGGAGAUGCUGGAGGACCUGCAGAACCUGGAGAGCUGCCAGCGAGGACACACAAGUUUUUCCCUCUGAAGCUGCACACAAAACUUUUCUUUCUUCCCAGAGAGAUCACUAACACGGUCAGCAGAUUCAUCCAGAGGUUCACUAGUGUCUUACCUCAGUUACAGUCUAUGGAGCGGCGAUGCUGCGACCUGCUGCAAGGCGGUUCAGCUGUUGCAAUAAAGGUUCUUGAGUUACAGAAAAGCUAGCUUCCUCUGAGCUCAGCGCUCAGUGGAGGAAAAAUAGAAUGAUGCAGUAACGUUUUAACCUCUCUAAGUUUUCCUUCAGCAGUUUUCCUGCAGGCGCAUCAGGAUAACGUCUUUGCUGCGCCUGAUUUGAACUUUAUUUAUGUUUGCAUGAGUUACCACCUGGAUUCAUUUUACCUCAUUGCCUGUAGCGUUAGUUAUAGAAAGUGAAAUGAAAAGGGCAAUAUUUUGUUUUAAAUGUUUUUUUUGAAUACUCGGUCAGAAUACAACUGUCAGAGGAAAAGGGAAUCGCCUGAUAUUUAUAACAAAACUGUCCGGAACACGGAAAAGGACAAAAAGGUGAAUUUGCUCUCAGAAGUUACAGUUCUUGGUAGGAAGCUUUUGUUUGGAGCAUCUCAAAGUUGAAUUUCUAACUUGAAAAUUUGAAGAUAAUCUUGAAGUAAGAAAUCAUUUGUGAAGACUUAAGCUCAAAAUUGGACAUUUUACUGUUUUUAAAUUCACAUCAUAAGAAAACAAAUUGUUUUACACACACAUAAAUGUUAAUCACAGCACAAAGUGUGUUAGGAACUUCAGUGGACGUUAAUGCAUCCAUGUUUGUUUCCCAUGACUUCCUAACGGAAACUCGUUUAAUUUCAAUAUUCCCAUUAAUGACGACAGAUUAUCAAGACAAAUGAAAUGUAGCCCAAAACUAGAGCAUAACUUCACUACGUCUACAGGCUCUAGCAUGCAGAAGCCAAUGAGAUGAGUUUCCUACCCUGGUCAUUGAGAUCUACCACCUUGCUUGCUUUCCAUUCACCCUUUGCCCCCUCACUGCUGAUUAUCUUUAACUAUAUCCGUUGCAAGUUGGAAUCUGGCAGGGCUCCAUCACCGACUCUGUUCAUAAUCUUUAGGGACAGAACUUGUAGGCACAGCUAGGGGGUCUGGUUAAGGGAACACAGGAGUCCCUCUCUGUUCUUUGCAGAUGAUGCUGUCCUGUUGUCUUCAUUUAGCCAGGACCUCCUGCAAGCAAUUGGGGUGUUUUAAAAGUGUGAAGCUGAUGCGAUGAAGGUCAGAACUGCCAACUUUGAGGCCAUGUUCCUUGACCAGAGAAAGGUACUUUGUCCUCUCUGGGUGGUUGAAGUGCUCCUGCCCCGGGUGGAGGAGUUUAAAUAUCUUGGGUCUUGUUCACGAGUGAGGGAAGAUCAGAGCAUGAUUGGAGCAGUGUCUGCUAUUAUGUGGUCGUUUUCGGUUUUAAUUGACUAAACCCCCCUGAUCCAGGUAAGUAGCAGCAGGCAGGACAUGGAAGUCUGGAAAAUAAGCAGGACAGAGGAUCUUGAGGACCAGGGUUGAUGACACGUAUUAGCACGGACAAAAUAACAUGUUGCAUCGGAAGGUUAAUGGCUAUAUGCAGUCAGGACCAUAAAUAUUUGGACAGACACAUUUUUUCUAAUUUUGUUUCUGUACAUUAACUAAAAUUUAAAAAAAUCCACGUAUUAUUAAAAACAGAUUUAUAUUAAAUGACAAAAGUUUAAAAAAGGGUUGUUUUUUUUUUGUUCCAAAAUCAACAAACCUUCAUUUAGUGAUUAGUAGUCUUUAUGGAAAAAUAACAAAAACAUAUCUGACUCAUUUAAUUUCUAAUAAAUGGUUGGUCAUCUAUGUUGAGUCCAAAUGUAAUACUUCCAAAAGGGCCAACUUUGGAAACCUAACCCUCUGAGUACAGACUUUAUGGGGAUAGCCCCUGAAUUUGGACUCAAUAUUGAGUCGUCAGCAUAAAAGCUUCACUCCUUAACAAGUUUGUCUUCACUGAUACAAGUUGUCCCCUUUCAUCUGCUAAGUUAUGAAUGUCCCAAAUUGACUGAAAUAAUCGUAUUUUUCCCACAUUUAUCAACACGCAAACGAUGCGUCACUUUGUGGUAUAAUAAAUGGCUGCUUGUUUCUUGGUGGAGGUCAGAUUCUUAGAUUGCUUUGCUGGAAAUCUUUUUGAUUGUAAUGCAUUGUAAAAGAGUUAUUAUGCUGUUGUUGAACUAAUGUUUUACAGGACUCUAUAUCUUCUUAAUAUGUCUAAACAAAAAUGUAAUUCCAUUUUAUCACAGAGCAUUUAUGUCAGUCACUAUCAGAGCUGCAACAUUAUAUGUUUCUCUGCUGAAUUUGUGUUUUUGAUGACUGUGUAAAAAUUUACCAUGAACUUGUUUUUAGCCAUGGUUGUAGUGUUGCAUAGUGUUAGUAUUGGUUCUGUUCUCCACUCUGGAUCCUUUUCCCUCUCUUAUAGCACCGCCAUCAGGUGAAAAAUGAUAUUGACUUUUCGUUCAUGGUCAAAUUUUAAUAAGACUUUAAAUAUUUCCUUCAGUUUGACAUUUUUUUUUGGUUGAAAUUAGGUAACGAAGUAGGUAAUAUGCUAAAUAAAUGUGGAAGAAUGGAAAAAAAAAUCAAAUAUGUUCUAAAAUAUCUCAAAAACUGAAGUUAAUUUAGACUCUUGCUUUGAAGAUCAUUCUCACAUGUGCCUACAAUGUCUGUGCCAAUUUUAUCCAGAAGAACAUUUUUACGGUUUUGGUAGUAAUUUUUUUAAUUUCAUGUCUCAUAUGAAAUGUGAUAACUGCUACAUAAAUGUUAUUUACGUUGAUUUGCUUUUAUAUCAUCUAACAUUUCAAAUGUUUGUCUAUUAAAAUUGUGUAUACUGAAUUUUCAUUGCUUUCAGUUCUUCUUUUAAGGUGGUUUUGCUGUCGGACCAUAAAAAAAAACAAACAAACAUGUAAAUAAGCAGCAAACGAUUCCUCCACCCAUCCAGGUGGACCAUCAUAACCAA